AUGCAGUCCGUUGCUCACUCGCUCGUCGCUGUCUUGCUAUGCACGGCGUCCGCGGCCAGCGCAGUCCGUGUCGUGGCCAACUCCACGCUCGGCUCAGACCCGCAGACCGUAAACCGUCUCAAUGGCGAGUCCUUCCAGCAGGACGCGCUCGUCACUUUCAACGGCUACCAGUAUGCCGCAUUUUGGACCACAGACGCCGCUAACGCGUCCGUACGCCAUCCAUCUCUCUCGCGCCAGACACUCUCCGCCUCUGUCAAUGCAUCGGAUCCCACCUGGGAGACGUUCACCUUUACGGACUAUAACCAGACAGAAGACGAUGGCCAUGAUAUAAUUUCCCUCGGUGUCGCCCCGAGUGACGGCACUGUACAUCUUAGCUUCGAUCACCACGACAACGUGCUCAAGUACCGUGCCUCCAAAGCUCGCACGGCCACAGACCCUGCCUCGACGCCUUGGUCCGCCGACCUCUUCGGUGCUACGCUCGACUACCUCCCCGGUACCGAAUCGCUCAACAAAACAACUUACUUUGGCUCCGUUACCUACCCACGCUUCCUGCGCUCCUCGUCUUCUGCUUCAGCAAGCUUCCUUUUCGAGCUGCGUAUUGGCCGCUCGGGACUCGGCGAUGACUGGCUGUACGAGUACGAUGGUGGUGGAAACUGGACGCUCGUAGGCAAGUACCUGGAGGGAGUGAAUAACAAUGCGUACAUUAAUGGCCUCGAUUUUGAUCACAAGGGGAACUUGGUCACGACCUGGACAUACCGCGACUACGUGAACGACACCGGCAAAAAUGUCGCCGUCCAGGCAGGGCCAAACGGCCCCGAGAACAACCACGACAUGGACUUCGCGACGAGCCCCGAUCUCGGGCGCACCUGGCUCAACACCUGGGGCCAGCCGAUCGCGAACACGACCGCUGGGCGCCCCAUCUUGCCUGGCUCGGCGGGCAUCACGGUGUUCAGUAUCCCGAAGUACGGAGGGAUUCUGAACCAGGAGGCACAGACGGUGGAUGAGGAGGGACGCGUGCAUGUGUUGAACCGCGAGAAUACGACGGGGACCGAACAAUGGUACCACUACUGGCGCAGCACGACCUCCCACUGGACGCGCACGCCCCUCCCGCUCACCCUCUCCAGCGCCAACGCCUCCCAGGCGCUCCUCAAUCCCAACAUCACCCGCACCCCAACCGUGAUCGGCAAGCGCGGCAAGCUCGCCGCGCUCUCGACCUCUCUCUUCGCGCUCCUCCCCUCCAACGCGCCCAACUCGACCGCGCUCUCCGUCCUCCGCAGCACCGCCGCGGGGCACUUCCGCAACUGGCAGGUCGUGUGGGAGGCCGCGAGCGGAUCGCGCGCGGAGGUGCUGUACGAUCGGUACCGCCUUGCCGCGGACGGGGUGCUCAGUCUGUUUUUGGUGGACGGGGUGGAGCUGCGGGUGGUCGAUCUGGAGUUGGAGCUGUGA